AUGAUUGUGCUGUGUCGGCGUCCUGUCAAAGAGAAGAGAAAAAUCCAGGGAUGGGACGCCGGGGAUGGAGUGCAUGAAAUGACCAAUAUCUGGACAUUGUAACUUCAAACCGAUUAUAUCCGAGUAUCUCUAUGGUGUGAACGAACGAAUUCCAGGUAAAAUGGGUUAGACGUUUUUGUUCUCUUAUGUUGCUUGCUUGUUGUAGCUAGGUUACUAGCUAGCUAGUUAACUUCAUCGAGCCAGCAGUGUCUCUGAUAAUUAGCUACAAUAUAACAGUAUCGAAACAAUACACCACACUUGUCUAGCUAGCUAAUUAACUAGCUAACCAAAUAGAGCAAAGACAAAGGUAAUGUGUUUUCUAUAUUUGAUUUCGUUAGCUAGCUAACGUUAACUUGCUAGCUCCUCUACAAGGAGGAGGGAAAAGUAUCAUACUUUCCAGUUGGGACAGUUAACAAAUUCCUCAGUGUUUAUAGCUAUAACGUCGUUGGCUCUGGCAGCUCCAGUAGUUCGGAUGGCUUAACGUUAUAAUGACAACGAGGUUGUUUUCUUUAUUCAGUUGCAUUUUCUGACACAACUUCAUCUCAGUUUGACCCAAUUGUGUGUCUUAUAUUCAGCUCCAUUACCUCCUCACUAUGUGAAGAAAAUGUAUCUCAUGAGUCAUUUAGUCAUACACAUUUAACUGCCAUCACCUUCUCGGCCUUGAGUGCACUGCCAGUGACUUGUGUGUUGUGAUCCAUUACGCCAUCCAACCACCCUACUUUCGUUUUUGCCUUAAGUAACUUGUAAAACCACUUUUGAGAAAAUGGCCCAGCACACCUACUGGAGAGCUCUUCUUUGUCUACACCCAUUCAGCAUCGUUCACACCCUCUUAAGCCUUUGUCCCACCCAUCUCUUUAAUGACACACAUGUGAGGCAAUGUGUUAAACAGAGUGAGUAUUUUAGUAAACAACCAAAGAUUUCAAGACUAAAAGUGGGAAAGUAGUAGCCUACAAUAAGGAAAAACUCCAAGUAAAAAUACACUUUAUCUAGUCCUUGGCCUAUAUCCUAAUCUGACUUUGGUGAAGGUCAUGUUGUUCUUCACAUUACCAUCUCUAGUAAACACACUAUAUCAAAUACAAUGUAGGGCGGCGCACAAUUGGCCCAGCGUCGUCCAGGGUAGGGGAGGGAAUGGCCGGCAGGGGAUGUAGCUCAGUUGGUAGAGCAUGGCGUUUGCAACGCCAGGGUUGUGGGUUCGAUAAAAUAAUGUAUGUGCUAACUGUAAGUCGCUCUGGAUAAGAGCGUCUGCUAAAUGACUAAAAUGUAAAUGUAAAUGUUAGUUUAUUUGUCACAUGCACAGGAUACAGAAGGUGUAAAUGGUACAGUGAAAUGCUUACUUGCAUAGUAGUAAUAUCAAAAACAGAAAUUGUCCAGAUAAAAAAUAUUUUAUAAUUAUAAGAUCACACUCACCCGACACACAUGUCUAAAUUGAUGGGUCACGUGAAAGAAAUGCUCUAACAUUUACAUUUUAGUCAUUUAGCAGACGCUCUUAUCCAGAGCGACUUACAGUUAGUGAAUACAUAUUUUUGUUUUAUACUGGCCCCCCAUGGGAAUCGAACCCACAACCCUGGCGUUGCAAACGCCAUGCUCUAUCAACUGAGCUACAUCCCUGCCGGCCAUUCCCUCCCCUACCCUGGACGACGCUGGGCCAAUUGUGCGCCGCCCAUGAGUCUCCCGGUCGCGGCCGGCUGCGACAGAGCCUGGAUUCGAACCAGGAUCUCUAGUGGCACAGUUAGUACUGCGAUGCAGUGCCUUAGACCACUGCGCCACUCAGGAGUUUAGACCACUAACCACCCCCCCAGCCACAUCUAGCUAAGUGGAUGGGUCACUAUUGUCUAGACAUGUACACAUGAAAUUCAAUAGAUGGCCGUAAUCACUCCCAGACACACCUGGCUAACUUGAUGGGUCAUGUAAUCAUCUGGCGAAGUGGAGUCUUUUGUUUAGACAUGUAGCUAGCUAGAUAAUGAACCGGCAUAAUCCCAACCCAUACUACUAUCAAUACAAACAUUGUCAUAGCUUUAGUAUGAAUCUGCAGGUAGCUAAAGAGCUAACCAACUAGGUUAAUUGUUAGCUAGCUAACGUUAGGCUGUAACUAGCAAUGCAAAUUAAUUUCUGAUUAGAAUAAUGUUACUACACAGAUCAUACACGUAACGUUAGCUAAUGAGCCAGCAAGCUAAAGUUAGCUAGCUAGCUAACAGUACGCUUUAACUUGCAAUGAAAAUGACUUUCUGACCAAUUUAGAAACUUAUAAUAUCUGAAAAUGUAGCUAGACUCUUACCAGUAUACAUGGAUGAACGCUUCACGGCAGACUGGAACCAUUUAACUCAGUUUUGUUUGUAGCUACAUCUUGUUUGGCCGGCAUUGUGUCAAGUCACUCCAGUUCACACUGGAUCAAGGAUCUCUCUGUACUUUGCUCCGUUCAUCUUUCCCACGAUCCUGACUAGUCUCCCAGUCCCUGCCGCUUUAAAACAUCCCCACCGCAUGAUGCUGCCACCAUCAUGCUUCACCGUAGGGAUGGUGCCAGGUUUCCUCCAGAUGUGAUGCUUGGCAUUCAGGCCAAAGAGUUCAAUCUUGGUUUCAUCAGACCAGAGAAUCUUGUUUCUCAUGGUCUGAGAGUCCUUUAGGUGCCUUUUGGCAAACUCCAAGCAGGCUGUCAUAUGCCUUUCACUGAGGAGUGGCUUCCGUCUGGCCACUCUACCAUAAAGGCCUGGUUGAUGGAGUGCAACAGAGAUGGUUGUCCUUCUGGAAGGUUCUCCCAUCUCCACAGAGGAACUCUGGAGCUCUGUCAGAGUGUAUUAUGAAAAAUGUAUUUAAUCCAUUUUAGAAUAAGGCUAUAACGUAACAAAAUGUGGAAAAAGUCAAGGGGUCUGAAUACAUUCCGAAUGCACUGUACAUCUGGUAUCUGACUGACUGCCCUACCCUUUGAAAUUCCUGAGUUGGCUAUACGUGGUUCGUUGUGUGUGACUCUCUUAAUGUGAAAUGAGGUAGUAUAUCAUAUACUGACACACCGCUGAGUUCAGAAUUGGUGGAAACCUCUAGCUGCUAAUGAAUACUGAGGGAUAUUACCAUGUCGUCCCGUCCCCCUCUCCUCUUGAAGUCCAGAAUUACAGCUAUGUUAUGAUUUCCUAGUCUGUUAUUGUCCGAUCCAUCUUCAGGGAAAACAUUUCUACCCUGACCCCCUGGUACUAAUAUCAUAAAGCUCACCAUGGCCAGCCUAUGAUGUUUAUUUACUGUAUUUUAGGCUAGGCCUAUGUAUUUGUUAUUAAUUUUGUUUACAAAAAUUAGGCAAAAUUCUUCUGGUAGUGGUUCUAAAUAAUUGAUCAUAAUACUUCACUCUACGGAAGGAGCCUGAAGGAUCUAGAUUAGGUUCUUUCUUCACCACCACUGUCACUCAUUCUGUGUCUGACUGGUUUCAAGUAAGCCUUUCUAGAAACUGUCUGACUCAGGGUGGUGUUGAUGUCUACUAGCCUCUUGUUGUUGUUUGAACAUGAUGCACUACAAGGAUAUUCCCUGUUACUGGAUGCCCCAACCCAGUCAAUGAUCCAUGUUGGUGGGCUGCUGUCUGUCAGGGCUCCAGACGUCUUUGUUUUGUCUGCAGUUCAAAGACAAGGAAAGGGGGCUGGGGAGAGGAAUUGUUAUGGGUACUGUGGGUAUACCUGUCUUUUGUAAAAAUGUUCAAAGCUAAUCUUGCGUGCUAUUGCAGGGUAGGGUGGAGUAGUGGUCAUAAUGGUCAAGCUUUAUCUUGUUGUAUAAAUAGACUGACCUGUGAAUGGGGGACUUAGACUUCUUCAGGCAGGCAAUAUGUGAUUAAUUCUAGGUGAUGACGAGUAGCCUGUUCAAUUUGAAUAAUCAGUCUUCAAGAAGAAGAGGGUCACCAUCUCAGACAUAGGCCAACAUGUAGUAGAAUACUUCCAAAGGCCAGCUACUGUAAUGAAAGUGAAAUUAUAUGACUAAAGUGAGUGUUUUUUCUCAUUGUCUGGGCACCAUUAUAGGCCUGCACACAAAGGCUCCUCAUGCCUUUUAAGGCAAGCCCAGACAGUUACUGCUGCUGCAGUUCAACCGCCUCAUGAUGAUGUGAUAAGAGAAGCAGCUAGCUACACGCCUGAGACCUCCAAUCAUACGCUUUGUGUGCUUUCAAACCUGCAUCCAAUGACCAUUCUCGGCAUGUGAUCUGUGUUUGUGUCUGAGAAGGAGGUAGUGCUGGCUGGCGUUUGAACAUAAAUAGACCGCAGCACGGGAGAAUUGUAGUCAUUUAGUCUACUCCAGAUUAGACAGCAACUCCUCAGCUAAUAGCUAGCCUAUAGAUCACAGAUCAUGUGUUCUCCCAAGAAAACUACUACCACAGGCAUCAGGUAACUAACUGGAUUUUCAAAAGGAAAUCUAGGCUAAUUGAUUAUUCUUGCAAUAGAUUUACAACUAAUGAUUUACAAACUAGUAUUUAGAGGGGCUUCAUCCUAUAACACUUGUAGUUUUGGGCUAAGCGUUUGUCAGUCUUGUUCUUUAGUAUUUAUAUUAGUUGUAAGAGGUUGUUGACUGAGGUUAAUUAUGGUACAAUAAUAUUACAUUGUUUUUCUUACUAAGAAACAAGAAACCCUCUGAUACGUGCAUGUGUUACCUCAUCAUUCUGUUAUUAACUCAUUCUGCAUGCUUGUGUAUUUUUGUUCCACAUAGAUUGCGCUGUAAAUGUCUGAGAAACCGAGAGCCCAGUAUGAGGAAGGCGACCAGGCCAGUGGCAGGCGUAUCCAAAGCCUCAGUAGCAGGCACCAAGGCCCAGACCGGUGAGAGAGUCAAGCCUGAGGGCGCCACCACCACCAUGGGCACAGCCGGCAAGAAUACAGCCAAGACCUCUGCCACCGCACCACUAUCUAAGGUACAAAUGCAUAAGGCACAAGCAAAAGUGAGCACUGGCUUCAUACUGCGAUGACAACCAUGGAAGCCCUUUAUCUUUCUAGGUCCAAUAGCUGGUAUGAUACCUGUCAUGUUUCUCUUUGGCCAGGCGAAGAGCAGUGAUGACCUGCCAUCAGCAACAACAGUAGACAGUGGAGCCUCUGCUGGGAGCAGCACUAUUCCGAAGGCAAAGAAGACUAUCUCUGUCCACUCUUCAAACUCCUCCACUACAGGUACCAGCAACCCAGAGGGCAAGACAAAGACCAGCUCAGGUACAUCAUCAACUCAUAGCGCUACUUACAGACUAUACUCUGUUUGUGAUUAGCUCUGACCCAUAUAAAAAUGCCAACUUCUUGACCUUCAAUAAUGGACUGUAUUGUACUCCUCAGGCAAGCGUGGGACCUCCUCCGUGGUGAAGGAGCUUGGUUCAUCCCGGGAGGGACUGCGGGAACGCUCCAGAACUUGCACCACCAGCAGGAAGCUCUCUGGACCCUCCGACGCCUUGGCACCGCCCAAGAGAGUCCGCUGCCGGACUGUGACUGAGUCAGAGUCCCGUAUGAGCAAGUCCAAGUCGAACGGGCAGCUCAGCAACAAGACGGUCCUGGAGUGCAGGGUGAAGGACCUGCUGGGCCUGGCCAAGAGCAAAGACGUGGAGAUCCUCCACCUGCGCACAGAGCUCCGGGGCAUCCGUGUCCAGCUUGGUCUGCCCGAGGAGGAGGAGGAUGGGGAGAGCAGAGCCAGAGAGGAGGGCGAGGGAGAGGAGACUGCUGAGGCUAAGCCUCCACAGGAACAGGAGAAGGAAGCCCCUACUCCACUCAUCUCUGCAGAUGUGGAAUCCACCCUGCUCUUGCUACAGGACCAGAACCAGGGGAUCCGCGGAGAGCUGAACAUGCUGAAGAGUGAGAACCGCAUGCUGAAGGACCGGCUCAACGCCCUGGGUUUCUCCCUGGAGCAGAGGCUGGACAGCCCCCUAAAGACCCUGCGAGGCACCUGCCUUAGCUCAGAGCUUCCCCCAGCCCGCGGUGGCAGUGAUGGAGAUGGAGGGUGCCCACGGGCCUCUUUAGUACAGGGGGUCUCCCCACACAGCUCUGCCCGCGGCUCCACUGAAGACCUUCUGGACCCCCAGCGAGCCAUCUCCCCUGAGGUGGCCGAAAGUGAAUGCAGCGAAGCCUACCAGCCAAUCACCUCCAGCGAUGAUGCCCUGGACGCCCCCUCUGGUUCUGCCUCUGCCUGCGGCUCCUCCUCCGAGUCAGAGGGCGGGCCACCGAGUCACGGCGAGCGCUCCCGUAGAGGCAGCAGCGGCACCACCAGCGGGGUGUCAGUGGCCUGUCUAACGGAGCGCAUUCACCAGAUGGAGGAGAACCAGCACUGCACCUCUGAGGAGCUCCAGGCCACACUACAGGAGCUGGCCGACCUGCAGCAGAUCACACAGGAACUAAGCACAGAGAAUGAGCGACUGGGUGAGGAGCGGGCAAUCCUGGUAGACUCCCUGUGCCAGCAGGGCGACCGGCUGGAACUUUACGGCCGGCAGAUGGACUACUUCCGGGGCCUGCUGGACGAGCACCGCGUGGCUUACGCCCCGGCUGACGAGGAGGGUUCUAAGAGCGGCCGCUACCUCGAGCUGGAGCGCCGGUACGUGGACCUGACGCAGGGCGCCCACUUUGAGAGAGAGCAGCUGCUGGGGGUGCAGCAGCACCUGAGCGGAGCGCUGAAAAUGGCCGAGCAGGACAACGCAGAGGCCCAGGGACUCAUCUCAGCGCUGAAGGAGCGGGUGCACAUGGCGGAGCGGCAGGCUGAUAUGGAGCGCAGGGAAAGAGCGAUGGCGGCUGCAGAGCUGGAGGCCCUGAGGGAGGCGGCUGGGGGGGAGCAGGCGGAGCUGACUCGAUGCAGGGUCCAGCUGGAGCAGGAGAGGCAGAGGGUGGCUGAGCUCUACUCCAUCCACAACACCGGGGACAAGACAGACAUCCGCCACCUGCUGGAGAGCGAGAGAAGGGACAAGGAGAGGGCAGAGGCCAAGUCUUCUCAGCUGCAGGAGGACCUGGACCACACCCGCAAAGAGGCCGCCAGGCUACAGGACGACAUCCGCAAGGUCACACAUUCUCGUAGUUAAAAUGCUUUCCAUUCAGAUUCUCCAUCAGUCCUGGAUAUUUUCUAAGUGUUAGUAUUUCUCCCAAUUCAUGUCUUUGUUAUGUAUAUGACACGUGUGCUCGCGCUUACACCUAUGUAUCUCCCAUUCUCCCGUCAGCUGGAGGAAGACUUCCGUGCAUUCCGUGGCGAGGUGCAGAAGCAGCUAGCUGAGCAGAAGCGGGCCCUGGCCCAGCAGUGUUCUGAGCUGGAGGAAAGGGACACAGAGGUCUCGGACAUGAAGGAGACCUUCUUUGAGCUGGAGGACGAGGUGGAGCAACACCGAGCCCUCAAACUCCACGACAACCUCAUGAUCACAGACCUGGAGAGUGAGUGGUGGAUGGACACUAGGAUGCAGACAGGCCACUGACACCCCGCUGGUGGAACCCUACCCUAUUCCCUAUGUAGUGCACUACUUUUGACCAAGGCAACAGGGUUCUGGUCAAAAGUAGUGCACUAUUAGGGAAUAGGGUGCCAUUUGGGACAUGGUAUCUCUCAGGAAAAGGGACUAGCGGGAAACCUGAUGUGUGACCACAAGGUGGCGAUGUGGGACCAUUAUAACACAGCCAAGUAAGCCAGUUUAUUCCAUCUCCAUUCAUUUAAUCAUUCAUCAUUUUCCUUUCAGACUCCGUCAAAAAACUACAGGACCAAAAACAUGACAUGGAGCGUGAGAUCAAGAUUCUGCAUCGAAAGCUACGGGUAAUUUGGGGAAGCAGGAGGAAUACUGUCCUGUGCCUCAUCCAUAUCUCAGUUAAAUGUUGCUCUUGUAUGGAACAUAACAUGAAGAUAUUUAACACAGUUGUAAUAAAAAUGGGUCUACAGGCCCUUAGUGUUAGCUGUGGCUGCAUCCCAAAUGGCAACCUAUUCCCUAUAUAGUGCACUUCUUUUGACCAGGGCCCAUAGGGACUCAUAUUAUUAUGAUGUGUGUCCAUAUCUGUGUUCACACCUCUACUUGCAGGAGGAGUCUAUGGAGUGGCGUCAGUUCCAGGCCGACCUGCAGACGGCGGUUGUCAUCGCCAACGACAUCAAGUCCGAGGCUCAGGAGGAGAUCGGGGACCUGCGGCGCCGCCUACUGGACACACAGGAGAAGAACGAGAAGAUGAGCAAAGAGCUGGAGGAGCUCAAGAAGUAUGUGGUCUUAGUGUGCGUGCAUGUGUGUUGUUGUGUGUGUCCCAAUCUCCCUGUGUCAAAGAUAUUGACCAUCUGUUAUCUGUCUCUAUAGGCAGGAUGAGGAGAGGGGCAGGGUGUAUAACUACAUGAAUGCGGUUGAGAGGGACCUAGCUGCCCUGAGGCAGGGCAUGGGUCUCAACCGACUCUCCUCUACCUCCUCUGAGCCCUCUCCCACCGUUAAGACCCUCAUCAAAAACUUUGACAAUGCCUCCACUGCAGGCACUGUCCCAACCUCCCCCACAGCAGCCGUGCCAGCAGUUACCACGAUGGUUGCCCGUACACCCCUCAGCCCCAGUCCUCUGAAAACCCCACCCGCUGCUGCUAUCUCUCCCAUACAGGUAAGAAAAACACCCAAUGGUGACCAGGCCACCAGGCAGCACAAGUCCCCUCUGAAAAGGAGGAAGCUGUAGGUCUCUAACCCCAUCCUGAUUGGUUCAUUAGAUGUCAGCCCCUCUAUCAUUUAUUUAAUGUGGUUCCCCUGCCUCAGCCCUGUCUUUGUAGAACUACUGAGAAUUCCAGACCCCUGCAAGACCUGAUAGGACUUCCCGCAGGUUUCUACCCAAACAGUCAGGAUGUCAUUUUCAAGUUAACUUGGGAUUUAUGCUCUGAAUAGGUUACACGUUACCUUUAUGUAACAAAACAGGAUGUUUGCGUGUCAAGUCGGGUUGGAUGGAGAAUGAGGAAGGGUGAUUCUUGAACAUUAACAUUUUAACUUAUAAUGGGUUGAGUUUAAUGUCUUGGCCAACCUUUGGUUAGAACAGGCCCAGAGGCAUUUUAACCAUCACAAGACCAGUGAAUUAAGGCAGGCUUUCAGAGCUACUACUGCUGCAUGUUGUUUGAGUUAAGCUCCUGUGUUGGUUGCCAGUGCCUGCUAUGUUAACCUUGCUCAUGGCUUGGACAGAUGUUUUCCCUGAGUCUGACCUUAUGGGGAAUAGAGCAUGUGAAAGCUCUCCAUUUCAUUGGCACUAUAGAUCUGUCUCCACAGAAAUAGAGUCAUGUGUCUUGAAUUAGGCAUACUCCUUUACAGGGUAAGUUUAAGUGCAAUUGAUUGAUUUCUUGUAGGCUACAUUAGGCUACAUGUUCACAAUUAUAAACCUGCUUCUAAAAAUAAGCCUUAAGCUAAAAUACCUUUGGUUGGUCUUCAUAUUGCCACCACCAAAGUGUAAAUCACCAUACACAAUUGGUUCACACAGGGAGCCUAUUCACUCAAUUACUCUGUCUCUGAGUCCAGUGAAAUGUAACAUCAUUCAUUUGGAUCAGUCUGUUUGGCGCACAGCCCAUAUUUUCAAUGAAUUAGAAGGUCGCCGCCUGCAUUAUUUUGGUUCAAGCUAUAGGAAAAUCACUUCCAUGAAACAAAGCUCUGUAUGGCAGAAGGUGGUCAUGAAACAUUCAUUUACUCUGCAGAGUUUAUUUUGAGAGCGGUCAAUAUAGCAGGCGCCUGGGAGAUGCCCGUCCCUCACUCUAAGGGGUCUCACUUAUUAUUUUACCCCCAGGCAGGGUCAGGGCCUGAGUGGUCUGAUAUAUUGUCUCUAUCUAGGUUGGUGUAGAAUAAAUAAGUGCUUUACAACAUUAGGAUACUUUUAGAAUAAACAAUGAUGGUACAAAACAUUAGGAACACAUAGGGCUGUUAUGGUGACCGUAUUACCGCCACAUCGGCAGUCAAGAUUUAUGACUGCAGUCAAAUUCCACGUGACCAUUGAGUCAUGGUGACUAGGCUUCUCCAAAACUGCGCUCUGAUGCCGCUGAUGGUCAUUAGUAGCUGACCAAACUUGCUAACGGCCAUCUCUAAUGGCCUGGGACUCAGUGCUUUAUUGUCCCUCUAAAUCACUCUGACAUCAAUGCAAAUGCAAUCGAAAAUCAAAUCAAACAUUUAAUGAGAGCCCUGAAAUUAAGAGUUUGAGCAGAAUAGGAUCACCUGUUGCACAGCGAGAGCCAGCUCCGCAUAGCUGGUUGAUGCAUGGAAUUUAAUAAGUGUUCCUAUAAGCCUAUGUUGCGCAUCAUUUCUAUAGGCUAUGCAAUUGAUGGCAUGAAAAUGAACCACGGGAAAAGUGUCCUCCAUUCGCUAUUCAAGUGCAUACUGAUUGUUUAUUUUUACCCUGCCCCUGUUCCGACUGGUGUAUGAUAAUGGCCCAUUCUAAAUAAAAACUGAUUUCACACUUACACUACAUGGCCAAAAGUAUGUGGACACCCCUUCAAAUUAGUGGAUUAACAGGUGUAUAAAAUCGAGCAUACAGCCAUGCAAUCUCAAUAGACAAACAUUGGCAGUAGAAUGGCCUGUACUGAAGAGCUCAGUGACUUUCAACGUGGCACCGUCAUAGUAUGCAACCUUUCCAACAAGUCAAUUCGGCAAAUUUCUGCCCUGCUACAGCUUCCCCGGUCAACUGUAAGUGCUGUUAUUGUGAAGUGGAAACGUCAAGGAGCAACAACGGCUUAGCCGCGAAGUGGUAGGCCACACAAGCUCACAGAACGGGACCUAGGCCCCUUAGUUCCAGUGAAGGGAAAUCUUAACGCUACAGCAUACAAUGACAUUCUAGAUGAUUCUGUGCUUCCAACAGUUUGUGGAAGGCCCUUUCCUGUUUCAGCAUGACAAUGGCCCCGUGCACAAAGCGAGGUCCAUACAGAAAUGGCUUGUCGAGAUCGGUGUGGAAGAACUUGACUGGCCUGCAUAGAGCCCUGACCUCAACCCCAUCAAACACCUUUGGGAUGAAUUGGAACGCAGACUGCGAGCCAGGCCUAAUCGCCCAACAUCAGUGCCCGACCUCACUAAUGCUCUUGUGGUUGAAUGGAAGCAAGUCCCCACAGCAAUGUUCCAACAUCUAGUGGAAAGCCUUCCCAUAAGAGUGGAGGCUGUUAUAGCAGCAAAGGGGGGACCAACUCCAUAUUAAUGCCCAUGAUUUUGGAAUGAGAUGUUCGACGAGCAGGUGUCAACAUACCUUUGGCCAUGUAGUGUAUUAUUUAGUAUAUGUAAGAACAAGAUGAAGUUGAGAAUAGUCUGAUGGGUGAGAAUAUUAUCACUUGUGAAUGAUGCCUGGAGUGUAGGAGGACCUGUUUCUUUUGUUAACCAUUCAACACAGAAUACCCGCAUAUGCGCACUCCCUCUGAAAUCGUUUGGGGAAAAAUAUCCAUUCUAUUUUAUUCAGCUAUGUUCAAUUGUAUUAUUACUAUAAAAUAAUGCCGCAGGAAUUAUAAGCGAAUUUACCUGCUAAAUUAACUAGUGUAGCCCACAGCCAUAUGGCAAAGCCAGAUCAGGACCUAACAUAAGGACGACUCAUAAUAUGCUAUUCUGUUCUUCUGAAAUAGGCUACAUUUUCUUCACAUUAUAAUGUUUCUUUAGACCUGCUUAAAAUAAAUAAUGGAUUUAUUGUGAUUGUGUAGGCUAUAUUAUGCUGAACAAACAUAUAAGCGCAACAAUUUCAACGAUUUUACUGAGUUACAGUUCAUAUAAGGAAAUCAGUAAAUUGAAAUAAAUUCAUUAGGCCCUAAUCUAUGGAUUUCACAUGACACUUGGGAGCCAGGCCCACCAACUGGGGAGCCAGGCCCAGCCAACAUAAUUAGUUUUUCCCCUCAAAAGGGCUUUGUUACAGACAGAAAUACUCCUAAGCUGUCCAGAUGGCUGGUCUCAGACGAUCCCACAGGUGAAGAAGCCGGAUGUGGCGUUCCUGGGCUGGCGUGGUUACACGUGGUCUGCUGUUGUGAGGCCGGUUGGACGUACUGCCAAAUUCUCUAAAACGACAUUGUAGAGAAAGUAACAUGGUAGAGAAAGUAACAUUCAAGUCUUUGGCAACCGCUCUGGUGGACAUUCCUGCUGUCAGCAUGCCAAUUGCACACUCCCUAAAAACUUGCGACAUCUGUGGCAUUGUUGUGUGACACAACUGCACAUUUUAGACUGGCCUUUUGUUGUCCCCUGCACAAGGUGCCCCUGUGUAAUGAUUAUGCUGUUUAAUCAGCUUCUUGAUAUGCUACACCUGUCAGGUGGAGAGAUGAUCUUGGCAAAGGAGAAAUGUUCACUAACAGGGAUGUAAACAUUUGAGAGAAAUAAGCUUUUUGUGCGAAUGGGAAAAUUCUUGGAUCUUUUUAUUUCAGCUCAUGGAACAUGGGACCAACAUUUUUAUUUUUGUUCAGUAUAAAUUGAUUUAUUAUAUAUAUAUUUUUUAUGUAGAUGUUCCAAAGGUCCACAGCAGUGGAUUGUAGGCUAUGCGUGGAAGCCGGAGAUGCUAAACAUGUUUAUGUUAAUUAACAGUCAAUUACCGGCAGUUAUUUGCAUGACAAUCACCGGCUGAGAAAAUGUCAUGACCCCCACAACCCUAGGAACACCUGCUCUUUCCAUGACGUAGACUGACCAGGUGAAUCCAGUUGAAAGCUAAGAUCCCUUAUUGAUGUCACUUGUUAAAUCCACUUCAGUCAGUGUAGAUGAAGGGGAGGAGACAGGUUAAAGAAGGAUUUUUAAGCCUUGAGACAAGUGAGACAUGGAUUGUGUAUGUGUGCCAUUCAGAUGAUGAAUGGGCAAUACAAAAUAUUUAAGCGCCUUUGAACGGGGUAUGGUAGUAGGUGACCGGCGCACCAGCUUGAGUGUGUUAAGAACUGCAACGCUGCUGGGUUUUACACGCUCAACAGUUUCCUGUGUGUAUCAAGAAUGAUCCACCACCCAAAAGACAUCCAGCCAACUUGACACCACUGUGGGACCAUGGGCCAGCAUCUUUGUGGAAUGCUUUCGUCACCUUGUAGAGUCCAUGCCUUGACGAAUUGAGGCUGUUCUGAGGGCAAAAGGGGGUACAACUCAAUAUUAGGAAGAUGUUCCUAAUGUUUUGUACACUCAGUAUAUAUUACGGAUAUAUCCAAACUUUUGUGGAAUUCUUAGUAAUCAUAGGAAAUAUCAAAAUAGACUAAUGCCCCUCAGAAUUUCAAAAGACGAUGGAUAGAGGACUAUUUUUUGCAAAUUUUGACGGUGAGGAAAUCUAACCAAUUUUCAGUGCUGCCCUCCGGACCUCAUUGAAGACCAAAUGCGGCCCCUGGGGCAACAUGAGUUUAACGGCCCUGAAAUAGAGGGAAACAGGCUCAAGUCACCCUGGAAGUGGAAGAACUCUGUGACCCAUAACACGUCCUCUUCCACUACACCAUGAGUUAUCCUAGCCUGGUCCCACCUGCAGAGCCUUUGUCUUGCCAACUCCAUCGCUGUCAUUGCGAAGCCAACAAUGUUUGGCGUGACGAGGAGUACAAACAAAAUAGCUGGCACUCAGGCUAGAGUUAUCGCUCUGUGGCUCAAACUUAGCAUCAACAUCAUUACAUAAUGAUGGUACACUUCACCUUAAUUAACACACUCAAGUUUACUGAUCAAUUCAUUUAUACAUGUUUUCUUUUUACUUAUUAUGGUGUGAUUUUCAUAUAAGCCCAUGGGCUUCCAACCACACCUGCACACUGUUUAAAAAAUAUAUAUUUGUUUUUUAUCUAUGUUAUUUAUCACUUGUUUUCUUUGGUGCAACUAAACUGAACUGUUAGUAAGUUCAUUACUUUGACCUAGUUCAUUAAUGAAGAAUAUUACUGUAAAUGCUAGUGUGUGUGUCUGAUUCUCCUCUGUUGUGCUGUGUUUCAGAGGCACACUGCGUCGAUCCCCAAACCCCUGUCCUCCAUGGUGGAUAAAAGGUCCAGCUACACAGAUAUCAAUAUGCCAGGUGGGUACAAUAGUCUUCAUUCGUAUCAUGCCUAUUCUGUUGGACAACCAUUACAUUACAUUACAUUAGUGCUGACCCCAAUUAGUCGACUGGUCGAUUGUUUGGUCAAUAGGCUGUUGGUCGAGCAAGAUUUUUUUUAGUCGAGCAGUAGCAAAUAUGUAUACAGGACCAGUCAAAACUUUGGACAUACCUACAAAUAGGGCUAUCUUCUGUAUACCACCCCUACCUUGUCGCAACACAACUGAUUGGCUCAAACGUAUUAAGAAGGAAAGAAAUUCCACAAAUUAACUUUUAAGAAGGCACACCAGUUAAUUGAAAAUCAUUCCAGGUGACUACCUCAUAAAGCUGGUUGAGAGAAUGCCAAGCGUGUGCCAAGCUGUCAUCAAGGCAAAGGGUGGCUACUUUGAAGAAUCUCGAAUAUAUAAUAUAUUUGAUUUGUUUAACACUUUUUUUGGUUACUACAUGAUUUCAUAUGUGUUAUUUCAUAGUUUUGAUGUCUUCACUAUUAUUCUACAAUGUAGAAAAUAGUAAAAAUAAAGAAAAACCCUGGAAUGAGUAGGUGUGUCCAAACGUUUGACUGGUACUGUAUAUAUAAAGCUCUGGAAAAAAUUAAGAGACCACUGCAAAAUUAUCAGUUUCUCUGGUUUUAUUAUUUAUAGGUAUGUGUUUGGGUAAAAGUAACUUUUUUUAUGCUAUAAACUACUGACAACAUUUCUCCCAAAUUCCAAAUAAAAAUAUUGUCAUUUAGAGCAUUUAUUUGCAGAAAAUGACAACUGGUCAAACUAACAAAAAAAGAUGCAGUGUUGUCAGACCUCGAAUAAUGCAAAGAAAAUAAGUUCAUGUUAAUUUUUAAACAACACAAUACUAAUGUUUUAACUUAGGAAGAGUUCAGAAAUCAAUAACCCUGAUUUUGAAUCACAGCUUUCAUGCGUCUUGGCAUGCUCUCCACCAGUCUUUCACAUUGAUGUUGGGUGACUUUAUGCCACUCCUGACGCAAAAAUUCAAGCAGCUCGGCUUUGUUUGAUGGCUUGUGACCAUCCAUCUUCCUCCUGAUCACAUUCCAGAAGUUUUCAAUGGGGUUCAGGUCUGGAGAUUGGGCUGGCCAUGACAGGGUCUUGAUCUGGUGGUCCUCCAUCCACACCUUGAUUGACCUGGCUGUGUGGCAUGGCGUAUUGUCCUGCUGGAAAAACCAAUCCUCAGAGUUGGGGAACAAUGUCAGAGCAAAAGGAAGCACGUUUUCUUCCAGGACAACCUUGUACGUGGCUUGAUUCAUGCGUCCUUCACAAAGACAAAUCUGCCCAAUUCCAGCCUUGCUGAAGCACCCCCAGAUCAUCACCGAUCCUCCACCAAAUUUCACAGUGGGUGCGAGACACUGUGGCUUGUAGGCCUCUCCAGGUCUCCGUCUAACCAUUAGACGACCAGGUGUUUGGCAAAGCUGAAAAUUGGACUCAUCAGAGAAGAUGACCAUACUCCAGUCCUCUACGGUCCAAUCCUUAUGGUCUUUUGCAAACCUCAGCCUGGCUCUUCUUUGCUUCUCAUUGAUGAAGUGCUUUUUUCUAGCUUUGCACGACUUCAGCCCUGCCCCUAGGAGCCUGUUUCGAACCGUCCUCGCCGUGCACUUCACCCCAGCUGCCGUUUGCCAUUCUUUUUGUAGGUCACUUGAUGUCAUCCUACGGUUGUUGAGUGACAUUCGAAUGAGUUGGCGGUCAUCCUAGUCAGUAGAGUCGUUUUCGCCCUCUGCCGGUCUGUAGCUUUGUUGUCCCCAAUGUCUGCUGCUUGACCUUGUUCUUAUGAACUGCUGUCUUUGACAUUUUUUAAGGACGGAAGCAACCUGACGCUCACUGUAUCCUUCUGCCAGUAAAGCCAGAAUUAAACCCUUCUUUUCCUCACUCAAAACUUUCCUUUUCAACUCUUUUGGCAUGGUCCAUAGUUAUUUUUCAAUUAAUAUUACUUUUGAGGUACUAUUAGCACUGUUUUUGCCAUCCAACUGGUCCUAUUGCAAGAGGAUAGUGAUGACCACAGCAGUGGUUUUUAUACUUUUCCUCGUUAAAUAAGAUUUGGUUCAGGUGAUCACCUAAUCAGUACCUAAUUCAGUAGAAUGAGGUGUGCCUGUGUUGGAAUUCAACAGACACUGGAAUGGAAUGGCUGUCAUACAUGUAGAGAUGCUGAUUCAAGAAAAAUGUCCAGUGGUCUCUUAAUUUUCUCCAGAGCUGUAUAUAUUUUUUUAUGGCACACGAGACACCUGUCUUAUUCACACCCAUCUCAGUGAACUAAUCCAUUGCGGAUGCCGAGACUAAUCCAUUGCAGAGGCCGCUGGGAUGGCAGAGUCCAAGAAGGGGAGUGUGGCUAAGAUUCACAAUGCAUGUGUCUCUCCCGCCAAUUUGUGCACAUUCAUUGUUUUAUAACUUCAUUUUGUAAGUUGUUUGCGUUGGAUUGUUAGUGUCUAUCAAUUCCCCAUUACAUACAUCACCAGUAGUACAUUUACCGUUAGUUCCUAUCAUUUCUAAUCUACAAUGUUUGUUUGGUUACGGUAAUUUAUGUUAAUGCAUUCAAUAUUUUAUUAUUCCAGUCUUUUACCGUUCUCAUUGUCGGAGUGGACAGGUUGUUUGCAGAGCACACAACCUAUGCUACACUUCUGAGAAACAAGUUUUGGUUUAUUUCAUUCCAUUUACAAGUUUUGUCAAUUUAGUAAUUGUCUUUUGUUUGGAGUGCUCCUGUCAAUGUUGAGUAAGGACGCACACCUGAUUACGCAUAGAAGUAGGUCUAUAGGCCACCUGGCCUGCGCGCAAAUGUAGGAAUAUAAAUGAGACCAUUUGGGGAUCUGAUAGUAUUUCUGAUAGGCUUAACGUACCACCACUAAUAAGCUGUUGAGUUUCUCAAAGUAAUGUUUUCUUCACCACAAACAGCAAGGAAACUAAGUCUGUUUUUACCUCCAUUGAGAAUGACAAUAGUUCCUCAAUGUAUUUGAAAAAUCUUUCCAGUGCUCUCCCUUUCGAUAACCACUCAGCGUAAAAGGGAAAAAUGUCAUGCUCUGAUCCAGUGGAAACGUCAUAAAAUAGGCCUACCUGAUUACUACUUAUCCCUUGCGCAAAUAGCCUACAGCUGUGUCUGUCCCAAGCUCACUGGUGCGGGAAACUGAGGGCCCAGAAUAUUUUAUACAAUGUUGCAAAUUUGCUAGAGUCUGCUUCAGGGCCUGACCCAAGUUAAUAGUUGAUACAAUGUUUCAAGUUCAUUGCAGACUGACCAUGCGUAGCUAAUGUGAUUUAUAGGAUAUUUAUUUUCAUCAGGAUAUUUUCUACCUGUGGCUGCAAUGUUUUUAUUUGUUGGCUUUAUGUAGGCUAUUUUUACAUAGUUGCCAAUGGCAAUAGAAGUUACCUUUUUAGGUUUGUAUAAUUUUAAUAUAGAUUUGGAUAGAAUUAUGAUUAACCACAUGACAAUGAUUUUGAGAUAUGAAGACGUUAUUAUAAAUUAAAUGAAACUGUUCCACGAAAAUGUUCAUAUGAAAACCAUAACUGGCACGCAUAUUGGAAGAUAAUUGUGCCCACAAAUGGUAAGAUAAACUGUGCCCAUAAAGCUCAACACUAAGCUAAGGACUCUGGGACUAAACACCUCCCUCUGCAACUGGAUCCUGGACUUCCUGACGAGCUGCCCCCAGGUGGUAGGGUAGGCAACAACACAUCUGCCACACUGAUCCUCAACACGGGGGCCCCUCAGGGGUGCAUGCUUAGUCCCCUCCUGUACUCCCUGUUCACCCAUGAUUGUGUGGUCAAGCACGACUCCAACACCAACAUUAAGUUUGCCGACGAAACAGCGGUGGUAGGCCUGAUCACCGACAACGAUGAGACAGCCUAUAGGGAGGAAGUCAGAGACCUGGCAGUGUGGUGCCAGGACAACAACCUCUCCCUCAACGUGAGCAAGACUAAGGAGAUGAUCGUGGACUACAGGAGGAGGGUCGAACACGCCCCCAUUCACAUUGACGGGGCUGUAGUGGGGCGGGUCGAGUGUUUCAGGUUCCUUGGUGUCCACAUCACCAACAAAUUAUCAUGGUCCAAACACACCAAGAAAGUCGUGAAGAGGGCACAACAACACCUUUUCCCCCUCAGGAGACUGAAAAGAUUUGGCAUGGGUCCCCAGAUCCUCAAAAGGUUCUACAGUUGCACCAUUGAGAGCAUCCUGACCGGUUGCAUCACCGCCUGGUAUGGCAACUGCUCGGCAUCCGACCGUAAAGCGCAACAGAGGGUAGUGCGUACAGCCCAGUACAUCACUGGGGCCAAGCUUCUUGCCAUCCAGGACCUAUAUACUAGGCGGUGUCAAAGGAAGGCCCAAAAAAUGGUCAUAGACUGUUCUCUCUGCUACCGCACGUCAAGCGGUACCGGAGCGCCAAGUCUAGGUCCAAAAGGCUUCUUAACAGCUUCUACCCCCAAGCCAUAAGACUGCUGAACAAUUAAUCAAAUGGCCACCCGGACUAUUUACAUUGUUACACUGCUUUUACUUGCUGUUUAUUAUCUGUGCAUAGUCACUUUACCCCUACCUACAUGAACACAUUUAUUUUAUUUUAUUUUACAUUUAUUUAACUAGGCAAGUCAGUUAAGAACAAAUUCUUAUUUACAAUGACUGCCUACACCGGCCAAACCCGGACAAUGCUGGGCCAAUUGUGCGCCGCCCUAUGGGACUCCCAAUCACAGUCCGGUUGUGAUACAGCCUGGAAUCGAACCAUGGGGUCUGUAGUGACGCCUCAAGCACUGAGAUGCAGUGCCUUAGACCGCUGCGCCACUCGGCUAACCUGUAUCCCCGCACAUUGACUCGGUACCAGUACCCCCUGUAAAUAGCCUCGUUAUUGUAAUUUCUUUGUUACUUUUUUUAUUACAUUUUUUACUUUAGUUUAUUUAGUAAAUAUUUUCUUAACUCUGUUUCUUGAACUGCGUUGUUGGUUAAGUGCUUUUUAAGUAAGCAUUUCACAGUAAGGUCUACACCUGUUGUAUUCGGCGCAUAUGACAAAUACAAUUGUAUUUGAUUGAUUUGAAUUGACAUUCCACAUGAGAAAGGUUGCCGACUCCUCCUGUAGCCUACUGCUGGCAACUUCAGGAGAGUAACGGCAGAACCUGCGAAAGCCAGCAGGGGCGUUCUUUUUCUUUUCUUCUGGUUAUCUUGAUCUCUGGCUCUCUUGAGUCAUUUGUGUUUUAUUUCAUCAAACAGUGCGCUUAAAUCAUCAGACAAGCUCAAUGCAUAUAGUUGAUUUAAUUUAAACACAUAUAUGGAAAAAUACAUGUUUUCAUAUUUCGACCAAUCCAUUGGUCAAAAGAACAGAUGACUUUCGGUCAACUAAAAUUUUGUUUUUGUCGGGGACAGCCCUACAUUACAUUUUAGUCAUUUAGUAGACUCUUAUCCACUUAGUCAGUGCAUUCAACUAGUUUAGUAGGUUUCCUCACUGCACCAUGACGUCACAGAUGAAGAACACCACAAGACAAGACUGACAUCUAGGAGGUCCAUGUAUAGCUUGGACAGUGGUGGUUGUAAUAGUAGGGCAGUGUGUAGCAGACAGGUGGGGGAUUGGAUAACUCAGACCCACCAGGACUGUGAGAUUGACCUCUAUCUUGAGUGUCAGGUGUAAUAAUGGAAGAAGCCCCCAUCACCCCCAGACCCUUAACACUCUUUCAUUUUGAAAUGAGAUUCAUAUAGCAGGCAGCCCUCAGUGGGGAAGCCACAGGCCCAAACAACAGGGCUUCGUGAAAAUGGCAUCCUAUUCCCUGUAUAGUGCACCACUUUAAUGACCAGAGCCCUAUAGUCCCUGGUCAAAAGCAGUGCAUUUAAUAGGGAAUAGGGUGCCAUUUGGGAUGCGGACCAGGAGUAAUAGGAGUGUGCCACGGUGGAUUUAGCACCCCGUUCACACGCUAAUUUAGAGCCACCGCUGCUAGCUCAGCUCAAACUCAGUUUUUCCACUAAGCUUGGCACAAAAGCAGCCCACUGCUUUUGUAUUUAGGAAAAAGUCUGCUUGCAUUAACAGGUAUUAAUUAAAGUUUUUAUUUGGGCUCUGAAGUUAGCUUAUUUUACUGGUAGGGAUCUUAGUUCCCCUAUGGGUUCAUUUAGAGUAAUAGGGACUGAUGUGUGUUCUCCAUCCCCAACAGCAGAUCACCUGCUCCGGGCCUCCCCUGGGACCCGCAACCCCUCUGCCCUUCAGAGGGUCCCCAACAUGGACUCCUCCUCCAAGUCCCUCUCAGGUGUGUGUUUACGCAACCAUAUUUACCUGUGUCAGAGGCUGUAACAUAAAUCCGUGACUGUGUGCUCUAAAUGACUUGAUUGCGGCUUGAUAGUUAAAGUAAUGUGAUUGUGGUACUGAUAACUCUGUGGUAAGUUACUACUAAAAUAGUGACCUGUGUUCCUGUAAGUGACCUGUGUCCUGUUGUGUCCCCAGUGUCUCGCAGGAGCAAUGAGGAGCUGAAGAGAGACAUGUCUUCCUUAGAGAACACUGCCUCCCUCAUCACCUCCUCCCCCUCCACCUCCUCCCCCACCGCCUCAGUCACCCCUUCCACAAGGGGAUGCCUACGGUAUGGACACCCUCUCUCUCUCUCUCCAUGUGCAUGCGUGUUUCAGUAUCUGUGGGUGUCAGUAUCUGUGGGUGUCAGUAUCUGUGGGUGUCAGUAUCUGUGGGUGUCAGUAUCUGUGGGUGUCAGUAUGUGUGUGUGUCAGUAUCUGUGUGUGUCAGUAUCUGUGUGUGUCAGUAUCUGUGUGUGUCAGUAUCUGUGUGUGUCAGUAUCUGUGUGUGUCAGUAUCUGUGUGCGUCAGUAUCUGUGUGCGUGUCUCCUUUCACUAUCUCCCUCUCGUUCCUGAGCUCCCUCUCUAUCCCCCUCUCUCUGAAUUAUUCAAUCUCAUGGAAUGAUUCUAUUGUUCACCAUCUUGACAUGCUAGUCAAUGAAUGCAGGGGGCUGGGAGAGUAUAGUUACAUAGGAUGAAAGGACAAAUAUAACACAAUGUAUUUUUUGGGGUUUCAAUGUCACCCUGACAUGUUGUAGAUUUUCAUCUUCUGAAAGGUACACUGAGGCCGUUUCCUGGACACGGAUCAAGCCCAGUGCUGGACUGAAAAGCAAGCUCAAUGGAGAAACCCCAUAGAAAAUGCUUUUUAGUCCAAGAUUAGGCUUAAUCUGUGUCCGGAAAACCCCCCUUUGUGUAGGAUCAUUCUUUCUCUUCGUGUGCUCUUUCAUUUCUUUACUUCUGUGUGUCCAUAGGGAGGAGAGAAAAGACCCUCUGACUGCAUUGGCCAGGGAGUAUGGGGGAUCCAAAAGGAACGCCCUGCUCAAGUGGUGCCAGAAGAAGACUGAAGGAUACCAGGUACUAACCAACAGGGUGGGAAAUGGGUGGAGAGUACAGGCUGGCAUAAGACACAAACACGUGCAUGCACACCCCAACUUGCGCAACGUACUUACUCCAUCCCAUUGGACAAUGCUUUGGUUUCUCUCAACAGGUUUAGAUGCAGGAAAGAAUAUCAGAUCAUUACCGUUACUCUGUUUUGAUCAAUAGGGCCAUUGCCUUAUGCGCUCUAUCCAAUAGCUGCGAACACAGACGGUAAACGCUGUGUUUCCUUCCUGUUCAUUUCCAAUCAGAGUCCCUUCCUUCUCCUUCCAGGCUUUUAAGAUGUUUACCCACCAGGAACCAUUAAGGACUGCCCUGUGUAGUUACCAUGGUAGCAGUUAUGCUUUACCCUCUCCAGGAAGUGUGCCAGACUUCACUGACGUCCCGGCCCUUCCUCUUCCCUCUCCCUUUCGCUGAAUCUCUCCACGGCAUGGGCUAGGUAGCACAAAUGGGCAUUUUGUGCUACAGCAGAGACUAUAAACCUUUUUUUCUUUCUAAGGAGUUGCCCACGAGUUCUUAGCUGUUCAGUCUGGGAAAUAGAACGACAAGGCCUUUGCUAUAAUGCUAAAUAGCCUCUCUAGUUUGUAUUUUCUAUUGGUCCCCUGACUCCCUUCUGAAUUGUAAAUGUUCUCUCCACUAACAGUCUUCUCUCUUUUUCUCUUUUAUAUAUACUGUAUAUAGGCCUAUGUGGCAUUGUUUUCAUGAGGCCCAUAGUUAAUGUGUUCAUUACAAGUGCUCUGUUGCUGCUAGGAGUACUUUUUGCCAGUUGACUCACUCACUCACUGCCAUGCUCACUGCAAACACACUGCUACCAGCCAAGCCUUUCCUAACGUAGGUCAGCCCUCUUUUUCCACAGAUUAUACAUGAAUGCUUUCUGCUGGGAUCCUCCUGUCGCUUUAACUCUACUUUCCAUAGUUGAUUCAUAUACUUCUCCGGUAAAGCAAACAGGUGCAUAGAGAAUACAUACCUUAAAUGUGGCUAAUUUUUAUGUUCCUUGUUGCAAAGUUUGUUAGCAUUUUAACAGUCAUUUCUUUCUCAAUAGUUUGGGUGGGAAAGGUUCUGAGGAAAAGAUGAGUUGGCAAAGUUACACAACCAGUGUGGCUCACCAUAGUUAGUGACUAGAGUGCCUUUGCCCGCAGCAUGUGUAGUCCUGGUUAACACCAAUGAGACGGGUGCUGUGAUCCUGGAGAGCCAGUGAAUUGGGGUCCCACAGAGAGCAGUGACGCUUCUUGGCGGAGCAAUCAGGCAUCCCCUUCCUCUCCCUUUCUCUUUCAUGCUCCACACUGCAGUGUCCCUUGUGUUAUGGCACCCUGGUGUCUGGACCAUUUUCUUCUCCCCAUAUCCCUUGACACUCACCAUCUCUGAUAAUUGACACAGGUUCCCUGUGACCCUUAGGAGAGAGUUGAGGGCUGCCUCGCUGUAGACAGGGUCUGCGUCCCAAAUGGCACCCUAUUCCCUAUAUAGUGCACUACUUUUGACCAGGGCUCAUUGGGCACGCAGAAGGGGGUGGCGGAAGGUUGAAGUCAAACUCGGAUGGGAUGGGAUGAGGUUCAGGGUUCUCCCCAGGAUAAAUAAAUAAAAAAGUGGUGCUGCUGAGUAUGGCGGGGAGGGUGGAGUGCUCCCCGCCAUACUCAGAGAUUUGUGAAUUUUUAAACAACUGUAACUGCCAAUUCCUGCAAUCAAGAGCAAAAAUUGGCCUCCUAUGAUAACAAAUAAAGUAAAAAAUAAAAGCUGCAGUGUCCCUCCUAACAUUUUUUUGGGGACGUGGGAAAUGUCCCCACGAGGGAGAGUUUUCCUUGUUUUACUAUCCGUGUGGGGACUUUGGGGGAUUUUAGGUCCCCACAAGGAUAGAAGAACCCCCCCCCCCCACACACACACACACACACACACACACACACACACACACACGGAUAAAGAAGUGGAGCUAGUAGUGGAGACUCUUUGACCCUCUCUCGCUUGAGUGCAAGGCAGUGUGAAGAAACACUAGUGUGCUAAAACAUGUUCCUUCUUCCACUUCCCUUGAAAGACCACAGUUCAUCUACGGUUGUUGCUGGUGGUUGGGGAUGACAUGGUGAAACAUAAGGAUAGCCUAGGGCUGGUGUUUUAGAGAUCACUUACUGUUAUGCUCCUUCUCUCCAGAACAUUGACAUCACCAACUUCAGCAGCAGCUGGAACGACGGGCUGGCCUUCUGUGCUGUUCUCCACACCUACCUGCCAGCCCACAUCCCCUACCUGGAGCUCUCCAGCCAGGACAAGGUGAGAUAGAGGCUCUCACUGUCAACUAAGACUGUUAUGGUGGAGUUCCCUGGACACAGAUUAAUCCUAAUCGUGGAUUUAAAAGCAUUUUCAAUGGAGAUUCUCCAUUUAGUUUGCUUUUUAGUCAAUAGCUAGGCUUAAUCUGUGUCCAGGAGUGUUUUGAAAUGUGUGUCAUGUACACACUUUGUUGUUAGUUCAUCAAAAUGUUUAUUUUCUCCUUUUUCUUUCAGAAGCAGAAUUUCACACUGGCUUUCCAGGCCGCUGAAAGUGUUGGGAUCAAGUCCACAUUGGUAGGUGUCUGAGCUAAAACGAACCCAAGACGGCUCCACCAUUUGCACGAAAGGAUAUUUGACUACCACUAAAAGCGUAGAAUGAAAUGAGUGAGAUACUUUAUAUGGCUUUAUUUGGGGGGGGGGGGGGGGGGGUGAGAGACACAGUCCAUAUACCUUCCUCCCCUUUGUAAUGCUUGACUGUGCAACAGAAAGACGGGGCUGAUGUAUAGUUCCACCUACAGCAGCAAUGCACACCAACGUCAGUCACAUAGUUUGGCCAGCUGUAGCCUGUGAGACCUGGCCUUAAAAGAAGUGUUCAUGUCAAUGGCAAGCAGCUCCAGCUUAUUUAGGAGCAGUGUCAUACCAAGGCCAGUUGACUUCAGCUUAACAAGACAAACUGGGUUUCGUCUGUGGGUGAUCCACUGUUUUCCCCAAUACACACUCCAGAGAGCCUUCAGAGUGGGAGGAGAUUUACUAUUAAAACAAAAGAGACACGCUCUCUGUGUUCUUGCCUCUCGUCAAUUAUACAGUGCCUUGCAAAAAUAUUUAUCCCCCUUGGCGUUUUUCCUAUUUUGUUGCAUUACAACCUGUAAUUUAAAUGGUUUUUAUUUGGAUUUCAUGUAAUGGACAUACACAAAAUAGUCCAAAUUGGUGAAGUGAAAUGAAAAAAAUAACUUGUUUCAAGAAAUUCUAACAAAUAAAUAACGGAAGAAUGGUGUGUGCAUAUGUAUUCACCCCCUUUGCUAUGAAGCCCCUAAAUAAGAUCUGGUGCAACCAAUUACCUUCAGAAGCCACAUAAUUAGUUAAAUAAAGUCCACCUGUGUGCAAUCUAAGUGUCACAUGAUCUCAGUAUAUAUACACCUGUUCUGAAAGGCCCCAGAGUUUGCAACACCACUAAGCAAGGGGCACCACCGAGCAAGCGGCACCAUGAAGACCAAGGAGCUCUCCAAACAGGUCAGGGACAAAGUUAUAGAGAAGUACACAUCAGGGUUGGGUUAUAAAAAAAUAUCAGAAACUUUGAACAUCCCACGGAGCACCAUUAAAUCCAUUAUUUAAAAAAUGGAAAGAAUAUGGCACCACAACAAACCUGCUGAGAGGGCCGCCCACCACAACUCAUGGACCAGGCAAGGAGGGCAUUAAUCAGAGAGGCAACAAAGAGACCAAAGAUAACCCUGAAGGAGCUGCAAAGCUCCACAGCAGAGAUUGGAGUAUCUGUCCAUAGGACCACUUUAAGGCGUACACUCCAAAGAGCUGGGCUUUACGGAAGAGUGGCCAGAAAAAGCCAUUGCUUAAAGAAAAAAAGAAGAAAACAUGUUUGGUGUUCACCAAAAGGCAUGUGGGAGACUCCCCAAACAUAUGGAAGAAGGUACUCUGGUCAGAUGAGACUAAAAUUGAGCUUUUUGGCCAUCAAGGAAAACGCUAUGUCUGGCGCAAACCCAACACCUCUCAUCACCCCGAGAACACCAUACCCACAGUGAAGCAUGGUGGUGGCAGCAUCAUGCUGUGGGGAUGCUUUUCAUCAGCAGGGACUGGGAAACUGGUGAGAAUUGAAGGAAUGAUGGAUGGCGCUAAAUACAGGGAAAUUCUUGAGGGAAACCUGUUUCAGUCUUCCAGAGAUUUGAGACUGGGACGGAGGUUCACCUUCCAGCAGGACAAUGACCCUAAGCAUACUGCUAAAGCAACACUUGAGUGGUUUAAGGGGAAACAUUUAAAUGUCUUGGAAUGUCCCAGACCUCAAUCCAAUUGAGAAUCUGUGGUAUGACUUAAAGAUUGCUGUACACCAGCGGAACCCAUCCAACUUGAAAGAGCUGGAGCAGUUUUGCCUUGAAGAAUGGGCAAAAAUCCCAGUGGCUAGAUGUGCCAAGCUUAUAGACAUACCCCAAGAGACUUGCAGCUGUAAUUGCUGCAAAAGGUGGCUCUACAAAGUAUUGACUUUGAAUAGUUCUGUUUUUCUGUCUUAUUUCUUGUUUGUUUCACAAUAAAACAUAUUUUGUAUCUUCAAAGUGGUAGGCAUGUUGUGUAAAUCAAAUGAUACAAACCCCCCAAAAAUCCAUUUUAAUUCCCGGUUGUAAGGCAACAAAAUAGGAAAAAUGCCAAGGGGGGUAAAUACUUUCACAAGCCACUGUAUGACCAUUUAGAUAUUAAGUAGAGGCAGCAACACCUCUCAACCUUUCUCUGGUGGAAAGUAUUGUGAUUUCUUACUCUUAGGCCAAACGAUGGGUGCUUGCUUAUUCCUCACCAUCUCUUACUCAGAGAAUAUUCUGCACAUACAAUUUGCAGCGAAAUAAAUGAUGCAGUGCGUUACGCAUUUGUAUUGCAACCCAUAUUAUCUCUCUCUCUCUCAGGACAUUGGAGAGAUGGUGUACACUGAGAGGCCUGACUGGCAGAGUGUGAUGACCUACGUCACGGCCAUCUACAAGUACUUUGAAACGUGA